AGAAAUAUUUGGAUUUCAAAAUCUCACCCAAACCCUUCUCAAUUCCUAGGGUUUCGAAUCAUCGUACUCUACAAGCUACUGCUGCAAUUCUACGCUAUUGCCUUUAUGUUACAUAAUAAAUGCGUACAUAUACGAAUAUACAUACUCGUCGGAGGAACUUUUCACUUGCGUUGAUUGAAGAAAUCGAAGCCUGACAGUGGUUUUGAGAUGACGGACGAGGGUUUAGAGAGGGAAAAUGGCGGAUUAACGUCUAUGGAAUCGAUUGAGUCACGGUGGGUAUUUCAGGGCGAGGAUGAUUUGGAUAUCGAUAGUGGUGAUCGAGAUACUGUGGAUGGAGAUGAUGAUUCGACAACAUGCAAUGGCAUGGAAUUGGAGUCUGAUGAUGAGGAUAAUGUGGAGCAGAAACUGAUCCGUACUGGUCCUCGUAUUGAUUCGUUUGAUGUCGAAGCUCUUGAAGUUCCCGGUGUUCAAAAGAACGACUUUGAGGAUGUCUCAGUGGGUAGAGCAAUCCUAUUGGCCUUUCAGACUCUUGGAGUUGUUUUUGGCGAUGUGGGAACGAGUCCCUUGUAUACAUUCAGUGUGAUGUUUAGUAAGGCCCCAGUCAAUGGCAAUGAAGACGUUCUUGGUGCAUUAUCUCUGGUUUUAUAUACGUUAAUCCUCGUUCCCUUGGUUAAAUAUGUCCUAAUUGUUGUUUGGGCCAAUGAUGACGGUGAAGGUGGUACCUUUGCUUUGUACUCAUUGCUUUGUAGGCAUGCAAAGGUUAAUCUUCUCCCCAAUCAACUACGAUCAGAUGCUCGCAUAUCAAGCUUUAGACUGAAGGUGCCAUCUCCAGAACUUGAGAGGUCCUUAAAAAUAAAAGAAAAACUAGAAGCUUCAUUGACAUUGAAAAAGCUUCUUCUGAUGUUAGUUCUUGUUGGCACUUCAAUGGUGAUUGCUGAUGGUGUUGUUACACCUGCUAUGUCAGUAAUGUCUGCUGUUGGUGGCUUAAAAGUUGGACUUCCUGGGGUUAAGCAAGAUCAAGUAGUGAUGAUCUCGGUGGCAUGUCUUGUAGUUCUCUUCAGCGUACAGAAGUAUGGGACAAGUAAAGUGGGUCUUGUAGUUGGUCCAGCUUUGUUUAUAUGGUUUUGUUCCCUGGGUGGUAUUGGUGUCUACAACCUCAUUAAGUAUGAUUCUCAUGUUUGGAGGGCAUUUAAUCCUGUUCACAUAUACUAUUAUUUCAAGCGCAACUCAACAAAGGCCUGGUACUCUCUUGGUGGCUGUCUUUUGUGUGCAACAGGUUCCGAGGCAAUGUUUGCAGACCUUUGCUAUUUUUCUGUAAGAUCAGUUCAGCUUACAUUUAUGUUCCUUGUGCUUCCGUGCCUUCUAUUGGGAUACCUUGGUCAAGCUGCUUACCUGAUGGAGAACCAUGCCGACACAACACAAGCUUUCUUCUCUUCUGUGCCAAGUGGAGCUUUCUGGCCUGUCUUCUUGAUUGCCAAUAUAGCUGCUUUGAUUGCCAGUAGGGCAAUGACCACAGCGACCUUUUCUUGCAUUAAACAAUCCACAGCUCUAGGCUGCUUCCCUCGCCUCAAGAUUGUUCAUACGUCCCGGAAGUUCAUGGGUCAGAUUUAUAUCCCAGUCAUGAACUGGUUUCUUCUGGCAUUGUCUUUGGUGUUGGUCUGCUCUAUCUCAAGUAUAUACGAGAUCGGAAAUGCUUAUGCCAUAGCAGAGCUUGGAGUGAUGAUGAUGACAACAAUAUUGGUUACGAUUGUUAUGCUUCUGAUAUGGCAGAUCAACAUCUUAAUUGUGCUAAGUUUUAUCAUUAUCUUCUUGGGAUUGGAGUUAACAUUCUUCUCGUCUGUUUUAUGGAGUGUGGGAGAUGGAAGUUGGAUUAUACUUGUUUUUGCUGUUGUCUUGUUCCUGAUUAUGUACAUCUGGAAUUAUGGAAGCAAGCUGAAGUAUGAAACUGAAGUCAAGCAAAAGAUGUCUAUGGAUUUGUUGCGCGAAUUAGGCCCCAACCUUGGAACUGUAAGAGCUCCUGGAAUUGGCUUGCUUUACAAUGAACUAGCAAAGGGAAUACCUGCCAUAUUUGGACAUUUUCUCACCACUCUACCUGCUGUGCAUUCCAUGAUCAUUUUUGUUUGUAUAAAGUAUGUUCCUGUUCCAGUUGUACCACAAAAUGAAAGGUUCCUGUUCCGGCGAGUCUGCCCCAGAAGCUACCACAUAUUCCGUUGUAUUGCCAGAUAUGGGUACAAGGAUGCUCGUAAAGAAAAUCACCACACUUUUGAGCAACUGCUCAUUGAAAGUCUUGAGAAGUUCAUACGCAGAGAAGCUCAGGAGCGAUCACUUGAAAGUGAUGGCGAUUGUUCAGACUCUGAAGAAGAGUACUCCUUCUCAAGGGUCCUUGUAGCUCCGAAUGGAAGUGUUUAUUCGCUUGGCAUUCCUCUCUUAGCUGAUUUUAGGGACACAGGAAAGGCAGUUAUGGAAGAAAGCACUUCAGAAGAGUUGAAACCUGGAACGUCUUCUGAGUCGUUAGUGUCCGAGGCAGAGCAAUCCCUUGAAAAGGAGCUCUCAUUCAUACGCAAGGCCAAAGAAUCUGGUGUGGUCUAUCUUCUUGGUCACGGAGAUAUUAGGGCAAGGAAGAAUUCAUGGUUCAUUAAGAAGCUUAUCAUAAAUUAUUUUUAUGCUUUCUUGAGAAAGAAUAGCAGGAGGGGAACUGCCAAUUUGAGUGUACCACAUUCGAAUUUAGUGCAGGUCGGCAUGCAAUAUAUGGUGUGAGUUUUUUAUUGUAUAGGUCCACUUAAAGGUAUUUUGGCAAAAUUUUUGGUCCUCUGUCAACUUGGCGUCAUGAUGUACAUCAUAAUCAUUGCCUGACCAUUUGAUGGAUGCACAGAAAUUGUCAUACGCCUGUUUUGCAUAUCACAGGGUGGAAUUUUGGAUGUCCCUGUCUUAGAGCUUGGAAGAUUUGGCUUCUGAUGUAGUUGUAUAAUGGAUUCACCAACUUGCUUUGUUGGGUUGCGCGUGGGGCUGUAAUGAUUUUCAAGAUAUGGAAAUCCAUGUAAA